UAGGAAUCACUCAAUGUAGUUGCACAUUCCCCAUCUCAUAAAAAUCAGUUAUUUUAAGAUAACAGAUACAUUAUAUUAAUUAUGUCAUCACAGUCAGGAUCAAAUCAGACUCUACACAAUAAUAAGAGAUUCGUAUUCAGAAGUAAUUUGAAUAGGUUAUUUUCUGAUACCAAAAUAUUUCCUCCCAGCUCAAAUCCUUGUUCCAAAUGUAUUCUUAAGAAAAAACCCUGUAUUUGUAAUAUUAUCAAUUCUUCUGUCGGAAGAACCAAGAGAUAUGAAAUUGAUGAGUUAAACGAGACUAAAUGUAUGCUAAAUGACUUGAGAAAUGUGUUAAAUGACGUUGAUUUGGAAAAAUGGUCGACACAUACAAAACUACUUGACAAUACGUCCCUAGUCAUUAAACAUUUAGCCGACCUGAAACUGAAUGUUAACGGAAGAAAUGAGUCCGGAGUUGAGCUAGUUACAAACGCUUGGCUUAAAUUUUACGAGAUUUUGGAAGUCUAUAAAUUAGUUGAGUAUCUAAAACCGAAUUUUAAAACUGAAGGCGGUACUUUAACUUCAGUCCAUAUCUCCGAAUGUCCUGGUGCCUUCAUUGCCUCCCUCAAUCACAAUUUGAAAUCCAAAAAUUAUAACGGAGAAUUGAAAUGGUUUGCAACUUCUCUGAACCCCUAUUACGAGGGUAAUAACCACAAUGUUGUUCUGGCAGAAGAUAUUCUCCUGAAAGAAACUUACCAGAACUGGCUCCUAGGCUAUGAUAAUUCAGGAAACAUAACAAAAUCAUGUAAUAUUGAGUACAUUUGGGACCACAUAAGUAGACCUGGAAGAUACAAUAAGUCAAAACAACCCUUAUUGGCUGAUUUAGCCACAGCUGAUGGCUCAUUUAACUGUCAAUUUGAUCCAAAUAAUCAGGAAUUACUAACUUCACCUUUAAAAUUCGCUGAAGUUGUUUGUGCACUUGGACUGUUGAGAGUUGGUGGCUGUUUUAUUAUUAAGAUGUUUAACUUGUUUGAGGAGCCUUCUUUGUCGAUUAUCGCGCUUUUAAGUCUGUGUUUUAAAAGGCUGGAAGUGUAUAAACCGUUCUUGUCAAGGGAAGCCAACUCGGAAGUUUAUGUAAUUUGUCUCGACUUUAACGGAAUCACGUCGAUUUUGUUAUCCUCACUAUGUAAAUUCGUUGAUCAAUAUUCGACCAAUCAAAGUAACAUGAGUAUAAUACCCAAAGAAUGGAUACCAUCUGCAUUUAGAGCUGAAUUUGCUGACUGCGCCAGGAUGUUUGCUGAGAUCCAGUUCAGGAGCUUGAGAAACGCAUUAUCUUUGUAUAAAACUGUUUUAAACGAAAAUCCCUACUAUAAGGAGAAGAGGGAAUUCGCAAACUCAUUUAUUAAGCAUUUUAACAUUGUGCCAAUUAGCCCUGAGUUCAGACUAGUGAAAAGAGCGCAUUUUGGAGAGUAUUUGAUUUCAGGCAAAGACACCUGUUCAUUGGGGCACUUGGAGAAGAACUAUUUUUCGAAGUUUGAGGACCGGCAGGAGUACUACAACUUGUACAAUUCUCUCCAAAGAAAGAGAGUUGAAAAUAAAACUGCCAAAGAUGUAUAUUUGAACACAAAUGACGGAGAUAACGUGGAGGAGUAUGUCAGGUCUAUCAAGGCCGUUGUUGACUUUGUAAAUAAAUCUAAAGUUAAAUUGUUGGAGAAUAGAGUCGAUUCUGGCGAUAGAGUGGAAUUGUUGUUUAAACUGGAUGAAGAAGUUUAUGAGAGUUUAUUGGAUGAUUUAAAGAACCAGAGAUAUCUUAAGGAGAAUUGGUUCGGUAUUGGGAACAUGAAUUGUGAGGAUUUUAAGUUCAGUUUCUUUUGCAACAACGAUCUUUUAUUUUACUUAAUAUAUCUAAAAUCCUGCUGUUGCAGUAAUAUACCUCUGACGACUCUUCAGGAGUGUUUAGAAAAAUCCUCAUCCUACGGUGAGGCCUUGACCGACUUAAACUCAUUUCCCAACUCGUGCACUGUUCAUUUGGCCUUUGUAUUUAAGAAUUUUCUAAACAUUAACCGGUACAAAUAUUAUUUGGAGAUUACUUCUAAUGAUUUCCAGCAGUUUCCAUCCGUUUCAUUACUGAAACGAUAUAAUGUUACUGGCUCAGUUAUAUAUAACCAGACGACUAAUAUUCAUGAUAAAGUUAACUCCACCUCUGACAGCCCCAAUAGUACUAAUAACAUGAACAACAGUGUCAAUGGGUCAAAUUUGUUUAUUUUUGAGAACAUAUUUGAGCUUCAAACUAUAUUGAAUAAUUUUCCCGGUGAUGGCAAUAUCGAGUUGUGCUUUGAAUUUAACUACUACAACCUAUUUAAUUCCAACCAAUCAUAUAAAUCACUCAUCGGUGAAAUUUUGGAGUCUAAUUUGAAGAGGAACUGCGACUUCAUCUUCUGUGACCCCUACAACAAUGUCAAUUACAGGGAACUGUUAUAUAAGGAAUUAAAUACUAAAUACAUCCUAGUGGCUCAAUUAAUUCAGGCAUUGAAUUGUUUAAAUGAUAAUGGUGAUUUGGUAUUGAGGAUUUUUAGCUUGUUUACCAGAUUCACAACUGGGAUUUUAUGUUGUCUGUCAACUGUGUUUGACGAAGUUAUCCUCUAUAGACCUGAAUCAGUUGUUAACUGGUCUCAGGAGGUUUUCGUCAUUUGUAAAAACUACAAGGAUAAAGAUAACUCCAUUUGCAGACAUUUUUUCCAAUGCCUCUGGGACGCUUUAGCUCUGCACCAUAAAACUCACCAAACUCUACUUCAAAUUAUUAAACCAUUUCAUUUUACAACAAUCGCAAAGAAACUGUAUGAUUUUAAUAAUUUAUUGUUGAAUAAGGAACUGAGUGAGUUGUUAAAUAAGGAAAACGUAAUUAAAGAGCAUUUGAACGGGUCUAAGGAAUUUUUAAACAAAUUUAAAUUAUUGGACAUUUUAUAUCCAAACAAACUGCCAGAUCAAAGUGAAGUACAUCUACUCAAACUACAAUAUAAGAAUGAGACAAGUUGUACCGUGAAUAAUUUUAAAAGGAAAAUGACUGAUUCGCCUCAAAUUACUGAAAGUGAAUCUGAAUCCAACUCGCCAAUCUGGUCUGACGAUAAUCUUGAUGAUGAUUUUAAUUAAAAUAAUAUUUAUACUUGUUUUUAAA